AUGGACGAUAGGGAAAUACUAAACGUGAAAGAGGCUUUAUAUCGGAACAUAUGGAACGACGACGUGAAGUUGUAUAAAAUCUUACAAAAUGAACUUUAUUUUCAUGAGGGUAUAUUAUUGAGAGGAAUGAGAAUUGUGGUUCCCUCGGCACUCCGUAAAAGAGUUUUGGAUGCAGCUCACGAGGGACAUCCAGGUAUGGUGUCAAUGAAGGCGAGACUUCGUACGAAAGUCUGGUGGCCUAGAUGCGACAAAAAGGCUGAGAAUAUUGUAAAAGCCUGUAAAGGAUGUACUCUUGUAUCUGCACCAUGUCCACCAAACCCUAUGAAACGGCGUGAGUUGCCAGAAGGGCCUUGGAUUGAUAUCGCAAUUCAUUACAAGUGGUGA